UUCAUCUGUUUUUUCUUCCCUUUUUUUAGUAUAGUUCCCAAAAUUGUGACAUGCUGAGUUCUUCAUUUAAUUAACUGUAAUAGGUACUAGCACGGAAACUUCAUUCAAUCUAACAUGUUCUGUUUCAGAAAUGUUUCAAAUGCUUGACGAUUAGGACACUGAAUUUCAUUUUUUAUAUAGAAAACCUCAAAAUAACAUUGUUUCGCCAUGUUUAUAUCUGUAUUCAAGUAUCCCGCUUUCCGUGUCGGUGUCCGUGCUGCCUAGAUAAAGGGUUUUGUUUUUCUUAUUUUAUACAGAAACCUGUAGUUUCAUUUGUUUUAACCAUGUCUUCUGUCUCAAUUUCAUCUUUUAUUGCUUCUCUAUUCUCUAGCCCUAAGAAUGAAGAUAACAGAACUAAUAAUGAAUCCCAUAAGGGGAAACGCUCUAAAAUUUCUAAAGAAUCAACUCAAUUUUCUGGUCUACCGGAGUGCAGAGAUCUGAUCGUCGAAGAAAAAUCCGGCAAGAAACUGUUCAGGUCGAGUACAAUGAUUUGUACCUUUAUCAUAGCUUGUUUAGUAGCUUUAUCUCUCGGAAUCAUUCUGUCGGUGAAUUACAAGGAUCACAUGUUCAAUCUGAUUGCCAAUUUUGAGGUUCUUGGUGGUAUUGGUUUAGAAUUGCAACCUGUUAAUUCUGAUGAUGUACUGCUUGACGGAUUGCUGGCUUCAGGAUUUGAUCAGGAAUCGUGUUUAAGUCGAAGCGAGUUUUUCCUAUUCCGAAAACCAUCAUCAAAAAAGCCUUCUCCAUAUCUCCUUUUGAAGCUACGGAAUUACGAAAAACUUCACAAGCAAUGUGAGCCUUAUUCAGAAUCCUAUAACAGGACAGUUGAAUUGCUCUUCAGGAACAUUUCAAGUCCUGUAGAGUGCAAUUACAUAGUCUGGACAGGGCAGGCCGGGUUGGGGAAUAGGAUACUAACUACGGUUUCAGCUUUUCUCUAUGCUCUUCUUACUGACAAAGUUUUGCUCGUUGAACACGAACCUGACAUGGCUGAUCUCUUUUGUGAGCCGUUUCCUGACACUUCAUGGUUAUUGCCGCAGGAUUUUCCACUAAAAACCGAAUUCAGGAUAUUCAAUCAAACCCAUCCGGAUACUUUCGGAAACAUGCUGAUGAACAAUUUGGUUGAUUCGUCGAAGGAUUUUUCUUUGUCGCAUCUGUAUAUUUUUCUAGCUUCGGGUGUUAGUUUCUUCGACAAGCUUUUUUACUGCAACAAAAAUCAAUAUCUUCUCCGAAAAGUCCCGUGGUUGAUUUUAGUAUCGGAUGAGUACUUUGUUCCGUCUAUGUUCUUGAUGGAAAAUUUCCGGGAAGAGUUAGAAAAGAUGUUUCCUGACAAAGAAUCUGUUUUCCAUCACUUGGUAAGAUAUAUUUUCCACCCUUCAAAUAAAGCUUGGGGACUUAUCACAAGGUUUUAUCAAUCUUACUUAGAAAACGCAGACGAAAGAAUCGGUAUGCAAGUCAGAAUCUUCAACUCGAAUGCAAUUCCAUUUCAGAAAGUCAUCGAUCAAAUCUUAUCUUGUAUGCAUCAGGAGAAUUUUCUGCCAAAACUAGAUAAACAAAAACUAGUAGGGCCAUCUCCGACUAAAAACAAGACAUCAAAGGCAAUAUUAAUAGCAUCUUUACAUUCAGAAUUCUAUGAGAAUAUCAAAAACAUGUAUUGGACAUUUCCGACUACGACGGGAGAGAUUGUCAGGGUUUACCAAGCUAGCCACGAAGAGUACCAACAUUUCGGCGAUAACACGCACAAUUUGAAGGCAUGGGUUGAAAUGAAUCUGUUAAGUUUGAGUAACAUGUUGGUGACUAGCUCUUGGUCAACCUUUGGCUAUGUAGCACAAGGACUUGGAGGUUUGAAGCCUUGGAUCCUAUAUAGGCCUGAGAAUUGGGAGGACAAGGAUCCAGCUUGCCAUCGGGGUAUAUCGGUGGAACCGUGUCUGCAUAUACCGCCUAGCUAUGACUGCAAUGCGAAGGCGGAUGCUGACAUGAGUACAGUAGUUUCUUAUGUCAAGCAUUGUGAGGAUGUAACUUCAGGACUUAAGCUUGUUAACAAUUAUAAUUAGUUUUAGUUGAAAACAUUCAAAAUAUUUUUAGUGAUUUUGUGCUACUG